AUGCGCGGAGGUCCGCAUCAGCUCAGAAAGGGCGUCGCCGGCAAGACGCUUGGCGCGCGACGCUCACGGAAAAUCCUCAAAGACGCGAUCAAAGGCAUCACCCGACCAGCAAUACGACGUCUUGCCCGUCGCGGAGGCGUCAAACGAAUGUCUGGCACCAUCUAUGAUGAGACGCGCAAAGUCAUCAAGGAGCAUCUCACUCAGAUUCUCAGGAAUUGCUGCAUCUACGUGGAAUACAGAAAUGCCAAAACGGUCACUGUUCAUGACGUCCUCUUCUCGUUGCGCAAAAUGGGCAGAACCUUGUACGGAUUCGAUCCUGCAAUGAACCAGGCGGCUGCAGAGAAAUUGCGUCGCAACAAGCAAGUCGCGCUUCGCCGUUAA